AUGAGAAAAAAAGAAUUUAGUGUAGAAGAGCUCAAUCAAAUUGCAAUUUUUUUGUGGCAAAAUUCUUCCAACGGGCAGCCCCAUCGUGGCAAAAUCAACAAGGCUGCCACAAAGUUUGGAUGUUCAACUAGAACAAUCAGCCACAUUUGGAAAAGGGAAACCGCGCAACAUAAGGCAAGUAACACAAAGCUUUUGACAAAGAGAAAAAUUGGCAAAGGAAGGCCAAAAUCAGCCUUAUUUGAUGCCAACAAUUUGGAAGAAAUCCAUUGCAGCAAACGAGGUACGUAUAGGAGUAUUUCCAAAGAGUUAAAAGUAAGCAAAAGUAGUGUUGGGAGAUGGUACAAAGAUGGAAUAUUUAGAGAACACACAAAUGCAAUCAAACCAAGCUUAACCGAGAAGAACAAGACAAGUCGGCUACGAUCUUUCCUCCAAGCAUUGGAGGUUGUAUUGGAAUCUAGCAUCAUAAGGUACAAAAACAUGUUCAAUAUCGUGCAUAUUGACGAUAAAUGGUUUAACUUAUCUAAAGAGAAUGAUACGUACUAUUUAGCAUUCGAUGAGAUUGAACCGUAUAGAACUUGUCAAAGCAAAAGGUUCAUUACCAAGAUAAUGUUCCUUCGUGCCGUAUCAAGACCCCUAUAUGGUUCCAAUGGAGAGUAUGUAUUUGAUGGAAAAAUUGAACAUUUUCCAUUCACAAAAAAAGAACUUGCGAAGCAUAAUUCUAAGAACAGGGCUGCCGAGACAAUGAAGAUUAAACCAUUGGAUUCAAUUACAAAAGAAGUCACCAAGGAAGUAUUGAUAGAUGAUAUCAAGGUUGUCACGGCGUCGCCUAGGCGUCCUGGCGAUGAUGCUACACCACCGGAGUUGGUCGCCUCGCCGUUUGGCGAGGAUGGCGUCCAGGCGUUACUUUGGAAAUGCCAUUCCGCCAAGACGACGCCAAAAGAAGUUUGGGCCUAA